CCACAGUGUGAAGAAGCUGCCUGGAGACCUCAGAGGAGAAAGAACCUCAGAGAAACCCACCAAGCUGAUUACUCUGAUUACUGUCUUUAGAGAGUGCUUGAUUACAACCAGCCAGCGUGGGUUUUUUUGUUAAUGACGACAAAGCAACCUCCCGGCCUGCGACUCGACGCUCCUUCACCUGAUUCCUCAGACUGACUCACGACUCUCGCUCCACCCACUAAUCAGUCCUCAAAUUCUGCUCCAAACUCCACUUCGUCAAGUGGAAGUGAGACUUGCACAAAACUUUUUUUUAGCACUUUACAGCUCAAAACAAGCCAUUGAAGAAUUCUCCUUCUUCUAUCUUGGACCAUCUUUCCAAGAAGAGAUCCAAAGAUGGCCGUUGUGUACAGCGCCUCCACUACGAACAACGUGGGCGCCGACGACAGUAAAAUCGCUUACAAGCAGUUUUUUGGAGACAGCCAGCACCUUGACUUUUCAGUGUACGGAUUGAGAAACAACCCGUUCAAGGUCACCACAGUUUGCCUGGGGCUGCUGGGCCUCCUCCUGCUGGCCGCGGUGAUCGGGCAAGGCGUCCACUAUAAGAAUAAGAAUCAAGAGCACGAGACCACGCUGAAAGCCAUGGCUAACGACAAAGAGACCACGCAGCAGAACCUGAGAACGGCUCUCAUGGCGAAAAAGGCGACUGAAACCAGACUUAACGACUUACAGCGAAUGCAUGAUUAUGUAAAUAGUGUUCAAUAUCAUUUGCAAACCAAUAACAAUUUGCUAGUUGAGGAAGCGGCAAAACUUAAAACCGCUAAAGCAACGUUAGAGACGACCAACGCAGACCUAACCAAACGGCUGGAUGAAGCAACCAAGCUUAAAGAUGAGGCGGAGUCCAACAGCAACGCCCUGACCACAGCCAAGCACCUGCUUCAAACCCAGUACGACGCCGUCGUCAAGCGUAGGAACGAGCUGCAGCAGAAUUACAACUCCGCGGUCAAAGAAAGGGACAAUUUACAGAACAAGUUCAACAACGUGACCAGGUCAAGGGAGCAGCUGCAGAUGACCUACAACGACAUGAUCGGGAAGGUGGAAAAGUUACAGGACAGCUACAACGUGACCAGCAGAGAGAAAGACAAGAUCGAGAGCAGCCACCAGAACCUCACCAUAUACAAGGACACGCUGGAGGCCACCUGCGCCAUGGUGAAGAAGGCAGAGGACGAGCUGCGCGCCUCGUACGACUCGCUGGUGAAGGAGAAGCACGAGGUGGAGAGCAGGCUGACCGAGGCGACGGCAGAGAGAGACCAGCUGAGGGCCAAGACCGACAACCUGACGGCUCAGAGGGACCAGCUGCAGGAGGAGCUACAGAAACUCAACGCCACCAUUCAAGCCACAAACAGGCAGUGCCAGUCCGGCUGGCAGAAGUUUCAAAACAGCUGCUACUACAAGUCUUUCAGCAAGAAAAGCUGGGAAUUGGGCCGACAGUACUGCAAGAACAAACAGGCGGAUCUCGUGGUCAUCAACAGCCGAGAGGAAAUGGUCUUCGUCAAUAAGCUGUACACUGGAAACACUGAGGUCUGGAUCGGACUGACUGACGGAGGAGUGGAGGGAGAGUGGAAAUGGGUGGAUGGGACCGACCUGACCUUAACGUUCUGGGGUAAAGACCAGCCCAACAGCCAUAACGGGAGGAACCAGGACUGCGUGGAGAUCUGGCACCAGACAUCAGGGGACGGCGAGUGGAAUGACGAGAGCUGCACCAUCGAACAGAACUUUAUCUGUGAGAUGUAGCCGUCCUGCAAACAGAAGCCCAGUGACUUGACCAGCAUCACAAACUAUCGCUCAUUAAUAUUGUGUUAUGUAAGUGGAAUUUACCAAAAAAACAAAACAAACAAUGAUGUAUUUUGUGACUAAUUUGCACACAAUUACUCUCAGUGACGCUGAAACGGAGCCUGAUUGUGGUGAGUGAUGUUUUGUGGGUUUAAAUUUAGCAUCUAUACCAGCUGAAGCAAACACAGGUUGACGUGGGCAGCUCUGAGAUAUGAGGCCAGGGCUGAUGAGACUGUUCAGUCUGAUUUUUUCUAACUGAUGCGAAUGCUUUGUGCUCCAGGGCGCCAGCUGACAAGCCGCCAUGUUCCCUGGCUGCACAUACCUGACCAAACAUCCCGUUUUCUGUCACAAAUAACUUGCAUUUCAAUCAAAUAUUGUGGCACACAGUGCUUUUGCUAACUUUCACUUCCGUGUGUUAUCACGACUGUCUGUAUAUACCAUGCAUGCUUCCUUCAAUAAAACUGAUUUUCUGUAUUUUAACUUCAGAUAUACAGUGGAGAUGUCUGGAGGGGGUUACUAGGUUUCAUGUGCCUUGGGGUGCGCACGGCGUGGACGAAUCGAAAUGUUCAACGUCGUGAUUGUGACUCUAUUUUUGUUGCAUGCUGGUACUGUCAGAAAAGACCUAAACCAACAUGGACCCGCUUUGGAAAGAGAGCUCAGCGGCCUCCUGGAGUGUCUGAACAUUGCUGCCACAUCACGGCUUUACCUCGGGCCAAGCGUAAAUGAUCAGUUGAAGGUCAAAACAUCUUAUGAAACCAUAACUCUUUUUCUUUUUAAAAACAAGAAGUUUUCAACCUUCUUUUCGUGUUGAGGCCUCCACAUUGGCUUUACAGAAUGCUGCAGACCCCCACCUUGACAGACCACAGCAUGACAAACACUCACCAGCAGGUAGAAUGCGUCAUUGUGGUUUCUCCUACAUGUGGAAAUGUAAUUAGAAAAACACAAUCCAUUCCUGCUGCGAGUGGUGUCCUUUUCCUUUCUAUCUUUUCUGUUCUGUGUGCGCAGACCUUGCUGAUGUAUUCACUCUUAUCUGGUUAAAAUAAAACCACGGUGCGAUUGCAGCAGUAGAGUGGCUCCAUCAUGGAUGGAUGAAUGAUUUUAAACCUUGGUGUACAGAAAAAUAAGCGGACGGAGUCUAGACAGCAAAGCUUUUUCCAAUUUCAACCAAACUUGUUUGACAGCUCUAAAAAAAAGCAGGAAGGACGAAAGCAGGACCUGACUGAUGUGAAAAUUCAAUUUUUUUUUCAGUAUCUUUGACAUCUUUUCAUACUUUAUCAGCUGUUGAAGAGUUGAAUGAUAUACCAGAUGAACGUUAUACUCUUUGUUAUUGCCUCCUUACGGGUAAAGCUUUUGAAUUUUAAAAUGUCUGUACUUUCUUACUGUGGUGUGAAUAUUUUUCUAUUCAAUCUGGGUUCAGUUUUAGGCUUUGGACUUUGUCAGUGUGGAGUUUGCAUGUUCCAACCAUGCUUGAAUGAUAUUUUCCGAUUA